UUUGUUGCCGGCCCCUUCAGACAUAUUGACGAAGCUGCCAGGCAAUUCCAAAUCGACGUUUUUCAAAAAUAUAAUUUCGAAAUAAGAGGUUAACUACCGUCUACAAGACAAAGGAUAAACGUUUGUUGUUCAGGUGAAUAGGCUCUGGAAUCAAUUCUUGUUGGAUAUCCCAUGUCUGGAGAGACUCAAGACUCCAUGGAGACUACUGAGAGACGAUGGCAAGCGUGGACCUACGGUCAUUUUGGCAGUGUCCCGGACAUGGCAAACGUCAGCAUCUUGAGUUUCGUCCAUCCUGACGUGCACCACAAAGUGCACGAACACUGGCAUCAGUUCCCCCCACCCAACCCCUUCUGGCACCCUGUGCUUGGCACCCUUUACUUUAUUAUAGGAAUCGUGGCCUUCGCGGGAAACGGGCUGGUGAUGUGGAUCUUCGCCAUGACUCGCACGCUACGAUCCGGCACUAAUUUCCUCAUGAUCAACCUCGCUCUGACAGACCUCCUCAUGAUGCUAUCUCAGUUCCCGGUCCUCAUCGCCAAUUGCUUCAACCAGACUUGGACUCUUGGACCUCUGGCUUGCGAGAUUUAUGGCUUCUGUGGUGCACUCUUCGGUACUGUGUCCAUCAUUAACAUGGCACUCAUUGCCUACGAUCGUUACAGGGCCAUCGUAACACCAUUUGCUGGAAGGCGAUUGAGUAAAAGCAGAGCUCUCCUGUGGAUCUUCUGGGCUUGGGUCUACAGUGCCACCUGGUGCAGCUUCCCUUUCUUGGGGUGGAAUCGAUACGUCCUCGAAGGAUUCAUGAUAAGUUGUUCCUUCGAUUACUUAAGCGGCGACAUCUGGAGUCGGUUGUACGUAUUUGCUCUGUUCCUGGCGGCAUACGCUCUUCCCCUUGGUGUCAUCGGGUGGUGUUACGUGUUGAUCGUCCUGUCUGUUAAUAAACACGACGAAGAUAUCGUCAAUCACGAAAGGUCCCAGGGAGAGGGCAUCAAGUAUGCAAAUUUACAGAAGAGGGAAACUCAGCUCGCCAAGGUUGUCUUCACGUCUGUCUUCUUUUGGGCUCUCGCUUGGACGCCUUAUGCAGUUGUGUCUCUCCUUGGACUGUUUUCGUGGCACAGUCUCCUGACUCCUCUUGCUACAAUGUUACCUGCGCUUUUUGCCAAGAUGUCAACUGUUUACAACCCCUUCAUAUACGCUGUAUCGCACCCUCGCUACCGCCAGGAGGUUGGGCGUCGACUACCAUGGCUGUGCUGUGUAAUACCAUCUCCUGCUGCUCAGGCAACGUCUUCCAUGCGCUCGUCCACGAAGUCAGACAUCUCGACUUUGCCAUUCCUCUCACGGUCGGCGUCUCUUGUCUCUUCCAGAAACGAGAAAGCCCAAGCUGACCUGCCCAGCCCAACGACUCUGAUGCACGACAUGGCUGAGAAGAUCCCGUCGCUGUCAGCAGCUUUUGAUAGACCGAUGGCUCCUUGAAUAACGCCAGAAAGUCUCGAAAUAUACGUAGACAUUAAGGAAAGCAGGAUUGCUGUUCAUUAUAUCUGUCUGUGAAGUAGGUACAAAAUGAGAGCAAGUCACAAAUAUCGUUAAUAUUGACUUCAUCAUACCUUGGGAAUAAAUUUUGCCCAAGGGGAGUUAUAAUCGAUAAGUGCCCCGUCCAGAAUUUGAACCUGGACCUUCGGUAAUUGCUAAAGUAAGGCUAGCUUUGAUAACUGGGCUGUCAAUUGAGAUAUAUAAGUAGAUAUUGACUCUGCUUUACAUAUUCUUGUCGAAACCAGGUUCUGUAUUUAGAAUUGCUAUCUGCCCAUUUCCAUGUAGCUAGCUGGUUGGUAGUUUGUAACACUUUGUUGAUUACUUAUGUACGCAUGACUGUUUUGUGUACAAAUAUUGUUUAACAUCGAAUUCAUUAUGCUUUACUAAAUUAAACCCAAGGGAAUUAUAGUAAUUGAAUAAAUAUAGAUAUAUUUUUAAGAUUAUGACCUCUUUAGAAUUUCUGCACUACUGUUAGGAUACACUUUAGACUCAGAAGGCAGAGGCCUGGGUGAGGUCAACCGCUUAAACACUCUACGGCUGAAGGCCGGUUACAAAUGCUAAGGACAUUUGAAGGGAAAUUUCUCAGGGUCACUUUAAAUGGAAUAUAUUUACAAAUUAGAUACGCGACGUAUUCACGGGCACCAUAAGGGCGCUAGGACUCUCAAGGUCCGACCUAUUACUGAGAAAACAAGUUGCUUGUAGCACUGGAAUCACGUGAUCGGGUUGCCCACACAUGGAAGGACUUGGAGCGCGGGUAGGGUGUGCCCAGAACGUCUAAGGAUAAAAAAAAUUCACCUCUCACAGCAGGGAUGAAGGCAGUAGGAUACCUGGAACGAGGUAUUGCUCUAUAAACACACGUGCGACACUCAAAGUACUGAUCAAGUGUGGUGAUUCUGCCAAAUCUUCAGACUUGCUUGAUAUAAGUCUUUCAUUCCCAGAAUUCCAUCAAAGGGCAAGAAGUGACUGGAUUACUUCAAAGAUAGUUAUGGUAUUGAAUGGGAGGGUGUGGAACGCAGACACUGACUUACUUUAUCUCCCCUAGUAAUUUCUCUUAGCGACUGCAAAUUCUGGGAGGUCAUUCAAGCAAUGAGCACUAGUAAAUUAUUUGCAAAGGAACCACAGCUCUUAAAUUAGAUUAGCUUCAUAGAUCAAAGGGAGCACAGCUGUGGGGGGAUGACAAAGGAUAGCUGUGGAAGUUCAUAUGGAACUCAGAGAUGAAAAAUACAGUAAAAGAGAUAAAAGUGACUACACACUACCCCCAUACUUUACCAUCUUUGAUCGCUGGUCUCUGCUUCUUAAAGGGCACCGUUGAUUAAAAGAAGAUGCACUCAAAUGCCGUCAGGUAGGGUCUAGCUUUCAGCCACAUGGAAAUGCAAAGGACAAGGGGGAAGGGGCAGCUCAGCAUAUACGAGGAGCUGCGGACUUGACUGGGUUUACUGAGCGGCCGACUGAGUGUGCAAUCCUCUCGGUGACCUCUUUUAUUAACUUCGUGUACCCUCUGGCAGCUUCUGGAUUAAUUCUCUGCUUUUGGGAGCUUCGAGCCGGCAUUUCAAAUUCCGAAAAGGCGGGGCAGGCAGCAGAAAAGUUGAAGAGAGGGAUGCACAGAUCUGCGAGAGAGAGAGAGAGAGAGAGAGAGAGAGAGAGAGAGAGAGAUACCUUGCAAUUGUUUGUUUGAAAAACCAACUUGAUUUAUGUUAUACUGAAUGGCAAAAUGUAGAAUAUAUACAUAUGUACAGGCGGUCCCCGGGUUACAACGGGGGUUCCGUUCUUGAGACGCGUUGUAAGCCGAAAAUCGUCGUAAGCAGGAACAUCAUCAAAAAUCCUAAGAAAACCUUACUUUUAAUGCUUUGGGUGCAUUGAAAACUAUGUAAACUGCAUUCUUAUGGCAUUUUUCAUCAAAAAACCUUCAAAUAUUGAUUAUUUUGCAUUUUUGGUGUCAUAUUUCAUCUCCCAGAUGAGCAUUGUAGGCGUCGUAACCCUGGAACAUGCGUCAUAACCCUGGAAAUAACGUCUACUGACAAGCGUCGUAACCUCGGAACGUCGUAAGCCGACACCGUCGUAACCCGGGGACUGCCUGUACUUAUAUAUAUAUAUAUAUAUAUGUAAAGUACGUCUGCUUCGACCAGGAUUUGAACUUGGACCUUUGAUUUAGUUACAAAGAAUACCGGCAGUCUCUACUACCUGACCAACCCGGCACU